AUUUGGAACUUCCUCAACAUCGACGCAUUUUCUAAAAAGAGAUAAUUUUAUCGAAUGUAACUACAUAUUUGUUGUUAGUGAAACAAUAUUUCCUUGGCAUAUUAUAUUAAGGAAUAUUAUUAAUUAAAUGCCUCGUGUAUGUAUUAACUAAUAUUUCAACGUUACAUAUCGAAGUAGAAAGAGAAUCAGUUUGCAAGAAGAAAACAUGUUCCCGGCUUAUGCGUAUUUGUCAGCUUAUGAUAGACAUAAAAAACUUAUAAAUGAUUAUUUUACAUUGUACGGAGGUUCAAUAUCAUCUUUAAAACGGGACACGUCCCGAGAUAAGACAGACUAUGACGUUAUUAGAGAAAACCAUAGGUUUUUGUGGGAUCAAGAUAAUGACGAACCAAAUACAUGGGGCGCACGUUUGGCAAAGAAAUAUUAUGAUAAAUUGUUUAAAGAAUACUGUAUAGCUGAUUUAACAUAUUAUAAGCAAAACAAGGUUGCUUUAAGAUGGAGAACAGAGAAAGAAGUUAUUAUUGGUAAAGGACAAUUUGAAUGCGGUAAUAAAAAAUGUAAAGAAAAGGAACAGCUUAAAUCUUGGGAAGUAAAUUUUGGUUAUAUAGAGCAUGGACAGAAGAAAAAUGCUCUUAUCAAAUUAAGACUAUGUCCUGAGUGUUCUAUAAAGUUAAAUUAUAGAUCUCAAAAGCGUGAAGCAAAGAAACACAAAACGUUAAAAAGAUUGGGGACAAAUAGUGAAACACUCAGCAGUAAAGCUAGUACAUCUACAGUUCAUAUUAAAACUGAAGAGAAUGAAGUCAUGAGCAACACUGAAGAAUCAGUUGAAGAAACAAAGAAAGAUGAAUCUAAAAUUUGGAAAGAAAAGCCCAUUGAAAAUUUAGAAAAAACAAGAGAGGAAGAAUUUGAAGAAUAUUUAGCAGAUCUGCUAAUGUAA